AUGGCCUCACAAACAUUUCAUUUCCGCGAAGACUUUGAGAGCCCGCGCGACAGCGACUGGAUCCUCGCCGCCUUUGACGGCGCCCUGCCGCACAUGGCCGCCAAGGGCAGCGGUCAGCAGUGGGGGUCCCGGCCCUUUUCCGAGCGCGACGGGGCCCGCGACCGCGUGGCGGGCUGGCUGACCAUGUCGGAAACCUCGCGGCGGCGCCGUGACGGCGACGGCGAGGUCAAGAAAGAUCAAGACGGAGGUGGUGGUGGCGGCGAGGAGGGGCGUCUCUUUAUUGCCGAGGUGGAGCUACCCGCCGACGCCGAUACCGACGCCGAUACAGCGCAAGGCUGGCGCGUGCGCACCGAUGAGACGUCGGGAAAGCGUUUCCUUUCUGUGGCGGCGGGAGGCGUUCGGACUGGGUGGUGGCCGACUUAUUUUCAAGAUUUUGAGCAGACAAAGCAGCUCAUCAAGGAAGCCGAUGCCGAAGGGGGGGUCAUGUAUCUCGAGGUCCUUAUUUCGGAUUUCCGUACGGGUUCCCACCGUAAAGGAGCCGGUGGGGCGCUGGUGGCCAAGAUCAAGGAGUAUGCGCUGUCUCAAGGGGCCAAGACGAUGUAUUUGGAUUGUUUUGCCGGAAAUGGUGGACUUCUGGUCAAGUAA